AUGAAUAGAGCAUUAUUUUAUUUAAGUAAUCAUGAAGAUAAUAUAUAUAGUGUAAAAUUUUUUGAUGAAAAUAAUCUUUUAUCUAGUUGUAAUUGUGGGCUUGUUACAUUAUGGGAUUUAUGUAAAAUAAAAAGCAUAAUAAAUUUUAAAGUAUCUAAUUAUAGUGCUUUAUAUUCUAAUUUUUUUAAUAAUGACAAAUUUUUUGUAAAAACGAAAGAAGGAUCAUUAAAAAUAUGGGAUAUGAAUUAUGAUAAAUGUGUUACAAAAUUAAACACGAACAAUUUUACUUUUGCUAAACCUUAUUCAUUAAAUAAUCAAUUAGUUACUCCUAUAAAUCAUAAUGGGGAUAUAGCAAUUUGUGAUAUAAAUAUUAAACAAAACACAUCAUUUAAUAAAGAUGCAUUUAUUAAUGAUGAAUUCUACAAUUUUAACAAUAUACCUUUAAGUAAUAGAUCUGAAGUUAAUGAUAAUAAUACAUUUAAUAAAUCAGAUAAUAAUACAUUUAAUAAAUCAGAUAAUAACCCAUUUAAUAAAUCAGAUAAUAACUCAUUUAAUAAAUCAGAUAAUAACACAUUUAAUAAAUCAGAUAAUAAAAUUUAUAACAAUUUCAAUGAUUAUAUAUUAACUCCUGGAAAAACAAAUACAUUUAAUAAACUCGUUAUUUCAUUUAAAGAGAUAAAAAAAAAAAUAAAGAAUAUAGAAAUAUUAAGUAACAAAGAAGACAAAGAUUAUGAAAAGUUUCUGAAUAAUAAUUUAAAUAUGUUUAAUGAAAUAAUAGAUAUAUACCCUUUAAAAUAUUUUGGUGAAACUUUUAUACUGGUUUGUUAUGAGCCUUCUUUAUUUUGUAUAUAUGAUUAUAGAAUGACUAACAAUUUGAUUUCAAGUUUUAUGUUAGAUAUGAAUAAAAAUGUUCUUAGCUUUAAUAUAAAUAAUAACAAUUGUAUAAUUAGUACAAAUAAUAACUUUAUGUAUUAUUUAUCUUUUGAUAAAAAUCAGAAAAUUCAAUUAAAAAAAGUAGUAUGUAAUGAAUACAAUAAUAAUCAAGUAGUAAUAAGACCAGAUGAUCAAAUAUUUCUUUCUAUUUCAAAUAAUUCAACUAUUAACAUAUAUGAAUUAAAUAAAAUAAAAUUAAUAGAUCAUAUUUCAUCUUAUAAAUUUAAUCAUUUCAAUUUUCUUGAUUUUCAUAAUUUAUCUGGUUUUUUUGCAGCAGCAGAAAACUCUAAGAUUUCUAUUUGGAGUAAUUAUGCUAAUAAUUUUAAUUCAAUUAAAAAUAACUAA